AUGGCGGUAUGCCCCUGUUCAAGUACUUCUAGGCACAAUGAAUGACUGAAGAAGACCAACCGAACAUCACCAGUCGGAAAAGAUGGCGGGGACUUUGAAAGAGAAACUGUUGGCUGAACGCGUAUACAGUAAGCUACAGUGCCUGGGGUGCCCCCUGGUGGAAGGGCUGUUUUUGCAGGAAGCGGGCGGUAUGAUAGGCCUGCUGUGCACCCCCUCUUUGCACCGUACGGAUAUUCUCAAAUGGAUCUGUGGCAGCUGUUGUCCAUCGCUGAAGGAGAAGUUCUCCACUCUUAAAUCAACACAGACUGACACGCUGACUCAAGAGAUGGUGCGCUUCGGCCACGAGAUGAUGCUCUGUGGGCCUGAUGACCUGGAUCUCAUAAAGGGCUUGGCUCCACCUCUGCGCCAGCUUCACUUCAUGGAGCAGCUGCUCGCCCUGGUCCCAGAGAAACAGGCUGACUGUGCGCAGCUGAGUGUUGGGGAGGUGCUGGUGAGGGGAGAGGAGUUUUUGGGGGAGCUGAUGUCCGUGCCCCACAUGGCCCAGCUCAACGCGCUCCUGAACCCCGACUGCAGCCCCUGGAGCGCUGACCUCAGGGAGAUGCUCCGCCGCAGAGCCCCCCCGGGCAAGACGGGUGAGAGGUCAGUGUGCUCAAAGCCCGAUGAAGACGCUGUGGCCCAAGCCAGCGCUCUGCUGCAGUCAACUCGGUGUGUGCUGGAGGAUCUGCGCAAAGAAUGUGUGUUCCUGCAGUCUGGGGGCGUGGCUCCCAGGCCCGGCCUCUCCCCCUGUGCUCUGCGAUUGGCCAUUUCAGACCUGUCUCAGCUGAUGUCAGCGUUCAGUCAGUCCUUCAACACGGAGUUAAAAGGCUACUGCCAGCGGGGGCCCCCGGCCCUCUCCCCCCACGCACAGAGCUUCCGCAGCGUGCACCAGCUGCUGCUCACCUGCAGCCAGGAGCUGCAGGCUCUUCAGCAGCUGUCAGACACGUCCAGCGCUGUGUCAGCGACCGUCAAGCACAUGCAGACAGACAGGAAGUACUGGGGAGACGGACAGAAGUACACGCUGCCUGCCAGACUGGACGGGCUGAAGAAAAAAUACACAGAGUUCCUGUCCCUGCAUGCAGCGUGACGGGGGACCAGGCAGUGCUGCAGUGCAUUCUGGGACAGAGUCCACCUGCAGCCUGGAAUAUACCCCCACCACGUUACACUCUGGACGAGAGAAAGCACCCACUGCACCUGGACAGAGAGAAUACACACACCUCGUCUUUAACACCCAGACUGUUGUAUCAGUUUUGAACAAAAACAAAAAGCCCCCAGCAUCUUAUCGCUGUGAGACCGAGUUCGCCCGCAUUAGCUGAAGACGCAGCGGGACAAAGCACACUCAUCGCUCACGUCCUACUGCGAGAAGGUUUCCCCAUUAUGUUACUCAUGUAGUGCACUCCAAACUCAACACGACGGUCUUCUGUAUGCCAGUAAUGGUCUGAAACUUUUGCGUUUUUGUUUCUGUACAAACCCCCUGAACCUGUGGUCCCAGCCCAUGAGGUGGGGACAUCACUAAUGCAGCGUAGGGUACGGGCUCUGUGUUUGAUGGGGAGUUUGAUUUGAAAUGCUUUCCUAUGCAGUGCUGGUGUUGGAUGAGCUGGUGUUGGAUGUGCUGAUGUUGGAUGAGCUGAUGUUGGAUGAGCUGGUGUUGGAUGAGCUGGUGUUGGAUGAGCUGGUGUUGGAUGAGCUGGUGUUGGGUGAGCUGACGUUGGAUGAGCUGGUGUUGGAUGAGCUGGUGUUGGAUGAGCUGAUGUUGGAUGAGCUGAUGUUGGAUGAGCUGGUGUUGGAUGAGCUGACGUUGGAUGAGCUGACGUUGGAUGAGCUGACGUUGGAUGAGCUGGUGUUGGAUGAGCUGACGUUGGAUGAGCUGAUGUUGGAUGAGCUGAUGUUGGAUGAGCUGAUGUUGGAUGAGCUGAUGUUGGAUGAGCUGAUGUUGGAUAAGCUGUCGUUGGAUGAGCUGAUGUUGGAUGAGCUGAUGUUGGAUGAGCUGGUCUUGGAUGAGCUGGUGUUGGAUGAGCUGGUGUUGGAUGAGCUGUCGUUGGAUGAGCUGAUGUUGGAUGAGCUGACGUUGGAUGAGCUGACGUUGGAUGAGCUGGUGUUGGGUGAGCUGGUGUUGGGUGAGCUGGUGUUGGGUGAGCUGGUGUUGGAUGAGCUGGUGUUGGAUGAGCUGGUGUUGGAUGAGCUGGUGUUGGAUGAGCUGGUGUUGGAUGAGCUGGUGUUGGAUGAGCUGGUGUUGGAUGAGCUGGUGUUGAGGCGGUCAUGGCGGUCUCCGCGUAUCCCCCCAGGUCUCUGUCCUCCGCCUGAUAGGGCGCUCAGCGACUCUGAUGCCUGCGCUUCUCCAGUGGCUGCGGGUCACCAGUGCGAGCCGCGUGCUGUCAAACCGCUGGUGUGGGCCGCUGAGUCAUUCCCUCAUUUCAGUCUGCUGCUGCGACCUUUUCAUUCCGGAAAGAAUUAUUUCACCUUA